AUGGUUUGUGAGGUCGGUUCGGCGGUCAUGGACAUGAGCGGCGAGGGCGGCGGAGGUGGCGCGGGCGCGUUGCAGCAGCGCUGGUACGACAGCCGCGUGAACGGCAGCCCGGCCGCCGGCGACGUCGGCUCAGAGACUAACGGGGACUUCUUCCACUCGCCGCUGGAGGGCGGGCACCACAGCCGCGCCCGCUACUACCAUCAGCAAAUGCACGCCCCUUAUUCUACGGCAGUCGGCUCUCACGGUCGAACGUUAAGCAGCGGCAGCGGGCAAGUGUGCAGGCCGCACUUCCACACGCCGUUGCAUCCUUGGCUCGAUUCGAAAGCCUUGGGUAGCGGCGCAUGGGGUAGCGGCUUUCAACAGGACGCAGCACCCUCUGAUAAACCUUUAUCUCCUGCCCAGCAUCCUCAUCCCCAUCCCUUAUUUUCCUUCCCUCCUACGCCACCGAAGGAUUCCACUCCCGACUCCGUCGCUGCGGCGGCACUCGGACAACAAGACUACCAAGCGGCCGUCGCACAUGCAACGGCUAUGAGCGUCGCGUUCAUGCAGCAGCAGGAACUACCGCUCUGUGACGUGAAGCCCAUGAUGGGCGCACCCCCCGCGAAGCAAAGAGAAGGUGCGCAGCCAGACUCGUGUCCCCAGGAGAGUCAGCCCUCUGGGGAAUACAACCCUCAAUACAACGCCGCCGCCGGCGACUACUACAACUACCAAGGGAAGGGUUAUAGUGGGCAGCAGCAGAGUAAACCGCGACCGAACAAGACGCGAACUAGCGCCGAGGGUCGGGAGUGCGUGAACUGUGGAGCGACAAGCACGCCACUGUGGCGGCGUGACGGCACCGGCCACUACCUAUGCAAUGCCUGUGGACUCUACUACAAGAUGAACGGCCAAAACCGACCUCUCAUCAAGCCCAAGCGGAGACUGUCGCUACAAAGUGCAGCAAGACGAGCUGGCACGUCGUGUGCGAAUUGCAAGACAACGACCACGACACUCUGGCGGCGCAACCAGAAUGGAGAACCAGUGUGCAACGCGUGUGGACUCUACUAUAAACUACAUAAUGUAAACCGGCCGUUAACAAUGAAAAAAGAAGGUAUUCAAACGCGAAACCGGAAAUUGAGUAGUAAAAGUAAGAAAAAGAAGGGAGGAAUGGGUAUGGGUGGUGGAGGCGCAUGUGCAUUAGCCCUCGGCGGAGUCAUGGGAGACAUGAUCAAACCUCUAGGAGAUGCCACUAAAGGUUUUGGUGGUUCUGCUUUCCCUUCAGCAAUGGAUUUCGGUCAACACCAAGUAGGUCUAGUGCACCCUGCGGCAGCGCACAUGUCGCACUGGUACGGCGCCCCCCAUCAGGGCUUCGCGCCCCCUCCUACUUCACACAACCCCUAUCAUCACCACCAUCUCGCGCAACUCAACUCUAUGACGGGUUGGAGGAGCGAGUACACG